GCGAGUGAGGCCCCCUAGAGGCCGGAUUGUGAACAGCAAGACGAGUGACGGCAGAGCGCAUGCGCGGCAAGGACAGCACCAGGAAGUCAAGGUUUUUUGCGGUGAGCAGCGUUGCCGGACGUACGGUGCGUACACAAAAUGUCUGCUGCGGAGAGCCGCACGUUUGAUGUCGUCAAAGAAGUCAUCCUGUCAGCUCAUGAGGGCAACACUACAGCGGAGAAGAUGGACUUCUACAACAGCUGGUCCAGCCACUACGAGCAGGACGUUGCCGUUAUUGACUAUCGUGCACCCUGUCUGGCAGCCAGCGCCGUCGCCGCCCACUUUUGUGGCGACCGCCAGGCCGCUGUGGUGUUGGAUGUAGCCUGCGGCACAGGAAUGGUGGCCAAACUGAUGAAGGAAGAUGGAUUUGAACAUUUCGUGGGUGUGGAUGGAAGCCAGGCGAUGCUGCAGCGGGCCAAAGAGAGCGGGCUGUACCAGGACCUGAAGCUGGUUCUGCUCGGAGAAGAUCCGCUUUCUGUCCAAUCAGGUGACUUUGACGUAGUGCUGAUAGUUGGCGCUCUGAGCGUGGGCCAAGUUCGGGUGGAGGUCAUCAGGGAGCUGUGCCAGGCCGCCAAACAGGGGGGCCUCAUCUGCAUGACGACCAGGGGUAACCAUGACAACGCGGGCUACAAAUUGGCCUUGGAGGGCGAGAUAAAGCGGAUGGAGGAGGAAGGACUGUGGCGUGGCGUGGAGGUCUUGGAGGUGAAGGAGUGGGAGAGAGCGGUGUCAGAGAUGGAGGAGGGUUACAUACCUGGAUGUGUGUAUCUCUUUAAGAAGCUUUAGCUGCGACACAAACAUGUUUACACAAUAUAAAUAAGUUGUCAUCCUUGGCUUAAAGUUUCAGUUCAUUUGAAAAAGUCCAAUUUGAAAUGAAAUUUGCUCCACCCCACAGGAAGUUGGAUUUGAAUUACAGGAAGUGGAAUUAAGAUUAAGAUUAAAGAUUAAAGUACCAAUGAUUGUCACGUACACACUAGAUGUGGUGAAAUUUGUCCUCUGCAUUUGACCCAUCCCCUUGGGGAGCAGUGGGCAGCAGCGGCGCCGCGCCCGGGAAUCAUUUUUGGUGAUUUAACCCCCAACUCCAACCCGUGAUGCUGAGUGCCAAGCAGGGAGGGAAACGGGUCCCAUUUUUAUAGUCUUUGGUAUGACUCGGCUGGGAUUUGAACUCCAACCUACCGAUCUCAUUAAAUUCAUGGCAAUUCUGUAAAACUGGACAAUUUUAAGCUAAAUGUAAUAUAUAAAGGAAAAGUGCAUCAAGCGAAAGCCAUUUAUCAACAACACCCAGAAACGCUGCCGGCUUCGCUGGGCCCGAGCUCAUCUAAGAUGGACUGAUGCAAAGUGGAAAACUGAGAAGGUCUUCUAGAGAAAGACAAAAACCUGACAGACUAAACUUGUAAGAACAAACACAGAACGUAAAAGCUACUUACAAUCAAU